AGGUAUGUGGAACUGACCAACUACUGUGAUUAUAAAGACUACAGGGAAACUAUAUUGAGCAAACCAAUGCUGUUCUUUAUUAACGUGCAAACCCAAAAGGAUGCCUCGAAAGGGAGUGAUUUCUGAGCCUACAGGGGUUGCAAAGAUGACCGGAGUGAUGAAGAGGAUGAUCUGUGUUACUGUUUACCGCAUCCCAAACACGUGUGCCAGGCAUGCUCUGAUGUCAUUAAUUUGCCAACAGCCCCGCUGGGCAUAUCAUCCAAAGGAGAACGUUUUUGAGCAUGAAAGCAGAAAGAACAUACGCAUUUCUUGUGAACACAAGGCACCCCAAGAUAAGAAGACAGCUGGAGCAGGGGAUGGACAUGGUCAUUUCCUCAGUGGCUGGAGAAAGCUACCGGCUUCAGUUUGAUUUUCAAGAGGCAGUAAAGAAUUUUUUCCCUCCAGGAAACAAGGUGGUUAACGGAGAAAAUUUGAGCUUUGCGUAUGAAUUCAAGGCUGAUGCGUUAUUUGAUUUCUUCUAUUGGUUUGGGCUCAGCAAUUCCACUGUAAAAGUGAAUGGAAAAGUCCUGAAUUUGUCAAGUACAAGUCCAGAAAAGAAGGAGACCAUUAAAUUAUUCCUGGAAAAAAUGAGUGAGCCUUUAAUCCGAAGGAGCAGUUUCUCUGACCGAAAAUUCAGUGUCACUUCCAGAGGUUCAAUAGAUGAAGUUUUUAACUGCAGUCUGUCACCCAGAUCAUCUUUGGCGGAGCCUCUUUUGACAGAAUUGCCAUUUCCAUGUGUUGUGGAAUCUGAAGAGACACCCAACCAAUUUAUCUGAUUGGACUGGACACUCGGGGUUUCCUCCUGCUCCCCGGGCCUGCGCCACAACUAAGGUUGAGGGAACGAGAGAGAGGUGGGAGGCAGGCACUUCCGCCCUCUGCUCCUACAGACACCCCUCUCUUCCAUGUCCACGGGCAGUGCCUUGGCAGCUGACUUCAGGAUUGGGGGGCUUUGGCCCCAUGGCCUGGGGCGGGGGGUGGUGUCCUCUCCUUUUAACACUUCUCCAAAGAGGCAGAGGGAGCGGCAGGUCCUGCCACCCUGAACACUUUGCUGACACCCUGGCGUCCUGAGAACUUCCCGGGCAGCCUUUGUGGGAGCCCUCUGACUUGGGUUUUGCCCUGUAAUGCUUCAUAAAUUUGGAUUCAGCCCUCUGCUUGGAACAUCCUUGUCUGAACCCACACCCAGCAAGCAUGGGGUUAGCAGUGCUAUUCUCUUGCAAAUUUGGCUGGGCAAAAAGCCAGGACAUCUCUCCUUGAAAGGCAAGUCUGUUUUUCAUCCUGCCUAUAGGACACCUUAGGAGAAACAUUCAAGGUACGAUUUGCUGGAGGACUGGCCAGGUGGAUAACCCCGCCCCCCAUUGCCUGCAAUUUGAACUCCCUUGGCCUCCCUCUUAUCAACGUGGCCUGUGUAGAAAGAGGCCAGGUGAUGUGAUACCAGACAUGACAGGAGAAGGGUAAUGUAUACGGCAGUGUCCUCUUUAUUAAAAGCACAUUAUGUCAGUUGGGUAUUUUAUAAGCUUUUAGUUCUCCUAACACUAAAAGCAAAAUUGAAGAAAGCUAUACCAUUACCAUAAUACGUUGUUACAUCAAUACAUUUUUCAUCUCAUAGCUACAGUGGAGUUCUUCAAAAAGAAAAAAAAUCAUCCUAUUUACAUAUAAAAACCUGCACGAAUGAUUCACUACAUAUACAAUAAUGAGGAAGAUGUAUGGGUCCUGAGUAUAAUUUUUGUAUCCUUUUAAAGAAUAUUUCUGUAUUAUACAUUUUGAUAGCACUACUAAUCGGCCUUUCACUUAUAUUUGAAAUGUUGUGUACUAUAUUUGUGCAGUUAAAUGUUUCCUUAGCAUUCAGCAUAGAGUUGAUUAACUUUGUGACCAAGCGUGUGCGAUCCUCCCUGGGUUCCGCAGGGGGUGUGCUUGCCUUGUAACUUACUAACUCACAGCAGAACUGUGGUCUUACGGCUACUUUCUGAAGAAGAGCCUUUUAAAGAGCAGGUCUAUGAAGAAUUUGAAGAAAAAAAAAUUGAUACUGAUGUUUCAGAAAAGGGAACUAUUCCUUAAUAACAGAAGAGGACAAACAUUUGUUACUCAGCUCAGUGCAAAAUGGAGAGUAUGAACAAUAACAUAAAUGUUAUGCCAAAGCAAACAAACCACUGGUGAAUAUCAAAUAUUACAUGCUUCCCAAAGGAAAUAGAAACCCUAUUCACAAAAACUGACAAAGUAGAUUUUUCAAAAGUAGUUAAAUCUGGGGAAACCAUUGGGAACCACUCCAGGAAUGGACUAAAGAUCUGAAAGCUUUCUUUUAUCAUUAAAAUUUGUUUUUCAGUUGA